AGGAAAAAGAUGUCGUCGAGCCGGAGGAAUCAGCUGAAGAGCUUGCUGCUGCAGAUCGGUGAGGCGAUGCUGGAGGAGGAGGCCCGUGAGGUAGAGAAGGAGAAGAUGAACCACAUGGAGGAGAACUGCCCCCCGCUCUCCAUCCCAGGCUGCAUGCAGGAUCUCCAGGACCUGUGCCGGAAACUUCACAAGCAGAUCGAUCUGGUGGAUGAGGAGCGAUACGACAUCGAGAUCAAAGUGACAAAGUCCAACAAGGAGAUCGAAGACCUGAAGUUGAUGGUUCAGGAUCUGAAGGGGAAGUUUAGGAAACCGGCCCUGAAGAAGGUGCGGAUGUCGGCCGACGCCAUGCUGGCUGCUCUGCUGGGUUCCAAGCAUAAAGUGUCCAUGGACCUGAGAGCCAACCUGAAGCAGGUCAAGAAGGAGGUGAAAGAGGAGGAGAAGCAAACAGGCGACUGGAGGAAGAACAUCGAAGACAAGGCCGGAAUGGACGGCAGGAAGAAGAUGUUCGAGACAGAAGCUUAA